UCCCUAAACCGUACCGUUCACAACGAUGUGGAAAAAUUACUGUUUUUCAAAAUAUUUUCCAUAAUUUUCCAUUUGAAAGCGCUGAAGGAGGGGGCCCUCGGAAUAUGUACAUUUAAGUUAAAUAUCUGAGCGUGUGACUUGCUGUGUUAAGGUUAUUUUUGAUCGGGGUCACUGACAACAAACAGCCGGACUCCAUUUUUUGCCAAUAAUUCGUGAAAAAGUCAUUCGCCAUGGGUGUUCCAAAGUUCUUCAGGUACACUAGCGAGAGGUACCCCUGCCUCAACGAGUUGGUGAAGCAGUACCAGAUCCCUGACUUCGACAACAUGUAUCUGGACAUGAAUGGCAUCAUCCAUAACUGCUCGCACCCAGACGACAACAACCCGCACUUCCGCAUCACCGAAGAGAAGAUCUUCCAAGACAUCUUCCAUUACCUCAGCAUACUGUUCCAAAUCAUCAAGCCCAAGAAACUGUUCUUCAUGGCUAUUGACGGAGUAGCGCCCCGCGCUAAGAUGAACCAGCAGAGGGGAAGGAGAUUCAGGUCUGCCAGGGAAGCAGAAAAGUUAGAAGAAGAUGCCAGGGCUAAAGGCGAGACCCUCCCGACGGAGAAGCGCUUCGACAGCAACUGUAUCACCCCAGGAACGGUCUUCAUGGCGCGCCUGCACGAGCAGCUGCGAUACUUCGUCAAGCAGAAGAUGUCCACCGACCCGCUGUGGUCCAAGGUCAAGGUCAUACUGUCUGGACACGAGACUCCCGGCGAAGGUGAACACAAGAUCAUGGACUACAUCAGGUGGUCGCGCUCGCAGCCGGGCUACGACCCCAACACGCGGCACUGCCUCUACGGGCUGGACGCCGACCUCAUCAUGCUUGGCAUGUGCACCCACGAGCCACACUUCGCACUACUCAGGGAGGAGGUGAAAUUCGGCAAAACUACCCAGCGCGCGACCAGUCCAGAAGAAACAAAUUUCUACCUUCUCCACUUGUCUCUACUCCGAGAAUACCUCGAACAGGAGUUCAUAUCUAUCAAGGAUAAUCUCCCUUUUAAAUACGACAUAGAGAAAGUUGUGGACGACUGGGUUCUUAUGGGGUUCCUUGUGGGCAAUGACUUCAUACCCAAUCUGCCGAACAUGCAUAUCAAUAACGACGCUCUACCGCUGCUCUAUAAGACGUAUAUGACUGUGCUGCCGACUUUGGAUGGGUACAUAAACGAAGCCGGGGACUUGAACCUGGGCCGUUUCGAGGUGUUCAUGCAGGAGCUGGCCAAGAUCGACAAGGAGAAGUUCCAAGACACGUACGCUGACCUGAAGUACUUUGAGGGCAAGACCGGGCGGAGGCCCAACGCCAACGAGAGGAGAGAGUACAAACCCAACAAUGACGAGACGUUCAACAUCAACAUCGACGACAUCAAGGCCAACAAGCCUGACGACGAGCUGCAAGCUCUCAUCAACGCAACGCACGAUAUGUUUUUGGAUGAUGGAUUGGAGGACAACGACGAUUAUGAGGAGACUAGUGACGAGGAAGCCAACUUCGAAAUGGAGUUUAUAAUGCACAAGAAAGAUUAUUAUAUGAACAAGUUGGAUUACUCCAAAGUUACUGAUUCUUUCAGCGAAGUGCUGGCGGACCAGGCGGAGUGCUAUGUGCGUGCUAUACAGUGGAACCUGCACUACUAUUACAAGGGUUGUCCUUCCUGGUGCUGGUACUACCCGCACCACUACGCGCCAUACAUAUCAGACAUUAAAGGCUUCAAGGAUCUCAAGAUCGAGUUCGAGCUGGGAGAGCCUUUCAAGCCUUUUGAACAGCUGUUGGCGGUGCUCCCUGCCGCCAGCAAGCACCUGCUGCCGGCGCCGUUCCACGACCUGAUGACGGACGAGGAGUCCCCCAUAGUCCACUACUACCCCGUCAACUUCGAGACCGACCUGAACGGCAAGCGGAACGACUGGGAAGCGGUCGUGCUCAUACCCUUCAUUGAUGAGACGAACCUACUAUCGGCGAUGGGGCCGUGCUACCAAAGACUAACAGAAGAAGAGCACAAGCGCAACUCGCACGGACCUAUGCUUGUUUACAACUGGACUGCCAACCCCCAAGGUCCAGUAGUAGCGCCAGCCUACUUCCCCACCAUCAAAGAGGGCCACGCCACCGAGCAGCAGAUCUGGCGCCGCGAGUUGGACGUGCCCGAGGACCAGCUCAAGCGAGGCAUGCUGCCCAACGCGCGCAGAGACAUGUUGUUCCCAGGCUUCCCUACUAUGAGACACCUGCCUUAUACUACAACUCUAAAGAAAGCCAAGGUGCGUGUGUUCGACCGUCAGUCGCUGAACGAGAACAUGAUAGUGCGGCUGGUGUAUGAGCCCAGUCCCGAGCCGGCGCUGGAGGCGGUGGCCGCCGAGCUGCUCGGCCGCGUUAUCUGGGUGGGCUGGCCUCAUCUCACCAGGGCCAAAGUGAUAUCAGUGUCAAACGAAAAGAUGCGGCUGCACCACGUGGAUGCCCAGAACAACAACGUGGGGGGCGGCAGCUACACCAGCGAGCCCAACAGUGGGAACCUGCACAAGCAGUGGCUGUCCGAGCGAGCCACCGUCAUUGAACACAAUCAUAAUCGUCUUGGAAUUGAAGUCGGUACUGUGAAAAUAAUAGUCCACGCAGUCAAUCUGAAAGGCUACAAAUACACAAUCCAGGACAAUACACAAAUGGUUCAGGACCCAGAAUGGUGCAGUGUUCCUUGCGGCUACGCGCUGCAAGCUGUUGUGAAGGAUGUGUCCGCGCAUAUAGUCCAAGAAGCAGGUAAAUAUUCGACGCCUCUGGAGGCGUACCCGCCCGGAGACCACGUGUUUUUACUCACUCAGGGGCAGUACUACGGCUGCCUCGCUACUGUGGUGGACUCGGAGUCGAUCCGAAGCGGGCGCAUCAAGGUGUGCGUGCGCGAGACUGCGGAACCCGUGCCCACGAGGCACGCCGCUGCCUGCCCCUACAGAAGCGCCAACCACGCCGCCGCCGCUUGCGGAAUAUCAGCUCAAAUGUUGUCAAGAAUCACGGGCACUGUGUUCGUGGUGUGCGGCGAGAGGAACGACCUGCCUACUGAGGGCCAGCAGAAACUCAACGUGGGGCUCAACUUGAAGUUUAAUAAGAAGAACCAAGAAGUGUCUGGUUACACGCGUCGCUGUAAGGUGAGCAACUCGUGGUUGUACUCGGAGCGCUGCAUCAACGUGGUGCGGGAGUACGCGGGCAAGUUCCCGGAGCUGUUCGACAAGCUGGUGCGGCAAGCGGGGAACGACGUGUUCUUUGAGGGGGACCUCUGGCCGGGGGAGAUCGGCAAAAACAAGCCUCAAGAUGUGAUAGCCUGGUUAAAGACACAGCCUCACUACUCGGCGCCGCGCCGUGAGUGUGGCUCGGACGCGCUGGAGCCCGAGGAGAUGAAGGCGUUAGCAACCUCGCUUGAUAAGCAGCUGCAGAGCCUCAAAGACCACGAGAAGAAGGUCACGUUGCAUGUCAAGUGGAGCUUGCUGUAUAAGCCGGAACUCCACGAGGGCAACAUCUCUCCGGACCCAAAAGCAGACUUCAAGAUCUACGACCGAGUAGUGUGCGUCGCUAAGCACAUGACUGUGCCUCUAGGAGCCAAGGGCACCAUCACCGCGGUGUACCAGCCAGCUGACUCCAACACUGUCAGGCUGUCUGACAAGUUGAACGUGGAGCCCAGUUACCAAGUUAUGUUUGAUGAACCUUUCGAAGGAGGCAUGCUCGAGGAUCUCUUUGAGGAAACUAGGUUUUAUAGGAUGCAGCCAAGCACCAUGGUGAACAUCUCGUACGGGCGCAAGCUGCGCGCGGCGGUGGCGCCGGCGCCGGACCCGACGCACGUGUUCGGCGUGGCCAGCCCGCCCGCGCUGCUGCGGCGCCAUGAUGGACACCACUCCGCCUUCGCCAGCUACAGCCCGUCGGGAGAGGUCAAGACGCCUGUUGACAACCCGCACAACACACCCAGUGUUCCGGCCAACAUCAGCCCCACUCAGAAUGCACAACAGCAAGACAACGCGACCCACCUCCUGCGCAGCCUGUUGAAGAUCAGCGAGAACGAGACGGACAGUGCCAAGCGGAAUAAGAAUUCAGUGGAGCAACAAAACUGGCGGAUCAAGAACGAAACGAACAACACGCCCGCCCCGCCACCGCCACAAAGGGUCCAGCAACCGAACUGGCGUAAAGAGAACGCGUCUUCGUUCCCCAACCCGAGACCACAGCAGCCUUAUCCCAACGAGUGGACCAACGCUAACUUUAAGGGCCAACCACCGCACCCGCCAUUCCCAACCUUCGGCCAACCAGUGCCCAACCAGAUCCCAUACCCGCAGUUCCAAAACCCCCACUUCCAACAACGCAACCACCCCUCUUAUCCCGGGAACCAACCUCCUUACCACAACCGGCUGCCGCACCCCGGCAGCCAGCCGCCGCACCCCCCGGGCCAGCCCGCUCACUCCGGGUUCCCGAAACACCUACCCAGUGUCAGCGGCAAUGUGACCCUAGCACCUAGUUGGAAUAAGGACCACAGUCAGUUCCAACACGACGUUGAUAAAGACGGGAAGCGCACGAACAAUCCACAAACAGCGGGCAGCAAGCAGGACAAGAUAAACAAUCCCUUCGUGCCGCUGCAGGUGCAGACCAGCCAACGACGAGUACAAAACACGAGCGGACAAUCAGGCCGGAGAAACAUGCAGGGCAUGCAGCCACCACAGUCUGUGGUGCCGCAGCCACAACCAUUCAACCAGCCGAUGCCUCAACAACAGAACUCGUCGCGUCCGCAGCGGAAACGGAAGCCGAGGAUAGCCGCCAACCUGCCCUUCCAGACGGACUAACCUCCUCCAGCACUUACAACCAAGUAGACCGCAGCCGUUCAGAAAUCAGGCAAACACUUCAAAUUUCUAUAUGCUUUGGUGUUUGAAAGAAACAAACUGACGUAGGGUGGUAUUAAUAAACUAAUCUCAGGUUAGAGACUGCCCUCAAGAUCAUGUCAAUGUGACAGUUCCCAUAAAAAAACAGAAACUUGAGCAUGAUCUUAAGGUCAGUCUCAGCUGAGAUUAGUUCAUUAAUACUACAUAGAUCGCAAAAAAAAAUAUUGUGCGCCGCAAGGCAAACAUGAAGAACCUGUAUUUAUAUUACUCAUGUUUAAGCAAAUAAAUUAUCUUUAUCUUUUAAUACCAACCGUAGAUAUAAAUAAAAAAGUGAUUGUUCAAGAUCUCGAUAGGGAGGUUUUUUUAUCAUACAAAGUUUUACUGCCUUGGAAAAUCACCAAACAAAGCAUGAUACAUAGUGAUACUUGAUGAUAUUGCGACUGUAUCUUACAUACAUACAUAAGAUCGCGCCUACUUCCCGUCGGGGUAGGCAGAGUCCACGGAAUUCCAUUUACUAACAUCCUAACACCACUUUCACUUUUGAGGGCGGUAACUUAGAUAAAGUCAUCCGGCAUCGAAGAUUCGAGUAGCGCUGUAUAUGAGAGACCUUCAGUUUAAUCAGACCUCUUCCUUCAUCAACUAGAGGGGGGUAUGGAGCAAACUCCACUAGACUGUUCCAUUGCAGGUUUAUGAUGGAAGGAGCCGAAAUUCAAAACUAUAAGCAAUCAUUUCUGAAGUACGUAAAGUAUUAACAAAACUCUAGACCGCCCGCCACUUCGGUUACCAAGUAGCCUAUAGUACUCAGGACUAACGUAGCUUUCUAUAGGUGAAAAGUUUUCACAA